AUGGGGACAAUGGUGAGGCUUUGAAAUACAAAUUCAAGUGUUACUCCAAACACCGUGGCCACUUCAGGGACUCAAAUUUGGUCAUAGUGGUAGGAGUAUGUAAGUGCAGCGUUUGUGCUUGUAACACUGCACAUAUUGAGAUAUGUGCAAUAUUUAACGCAAUUAAACAUAUUGAGAUAUAUGUAUGCUGGGCGCUAGUUGCACCCCAGCACAUGUUUUAGGCUGUCGAUAAUUUUGUGCAUAUUUUGUGUUAGAGCACCGGCAAAGGGAAGACUGCUUCCCCUACCACUCUGAGCUGCACUCAGUGAGAGUGUGUGUGUGUAUAUAUAUAUAUAUAUAUAUUUAGACAUCCCUCCCCUCAACAGCCCAUAGUGUGCGCUUGCACUCUAAGCUUGUAAAACAGUUCAAUGACAGGCUUCUCUACAAGAAGGCCUGUGACUGUACCGCACAAGGCCCCUGUGACGUCGGACGGGAAGCAGAAAUCGGGCUCAUUGUGCCAGCAUGCCAUUUGUAUAUAGUUUAGCAUUAAAAAGGGUCAGCUGGGCACCUGAGACUCAUACCCCUGCUCAUUUUAUGCCUAAUGCAAAAGUUACAUUUCUACAAUAGGAAUAUCAAUGCAGCAAAUUAAUGGCAUCCAAAUUUGAACAAAAUUUAUACUCGUAAAUGACGAGAUAUUAUAGAGAUUACAGCGAACCUUUAAAAAGUGAUUGUCAAGUAUAAAAACUCCUUUGAGCACCCCUAGAUUUACAUGUAUGGUCUGCCUUAUCUAAACAACUGUUAAACAUUUUUAAAUGACACUUGUGAAAAAGAUAAAACCGAAAUUUCGAUACUAUAGUGUAAAGAAUACAAAGAAAAAUAAGAGUUACCUGCGCACUUCCCAAAUCAAACUCAAAUGGAAAUUAAAUGUAAGCCCACCUGCCACAUCAAGGCAAACCUUUUAGGUGGGUCCGACACUAACAAUUCACCUUGCUUCCUUGAGCUUAAGGAAAAUAAAUCUCUAUGGUCGUUGCUGCCACCCAAGAGAAGUGGGACUUUUUUUUUGUAUUCAUUUUGAAUCACACAGCCAUGUUACAAAGCUGGCACCCACCCCCUCUGUUCCCUAUUAAGGGUUAAUAAGUAUGUAGGGGGUUCAGAAAUAUACCUUUCUCUGUCUCAUUAGAGAUUUUUUUUUCCCUGAAGCUCAAGGAAGCAAGGUGAAUUGUUAGUAUAGGACCCACCUAAGAGGUUUGCCUUGACGUGGCAGGUGGGCUUGCAUCUAAUGGCCAUUGGAGUUGCUAAAUAACCUCAAUUUAUUUAAAUAUGCAAAGGGAUUUGGAAAGUGUGCAGGUACCACUUUUUUUUCUUUAUUUUUUUAUUGUAUGUAUUGGGGCUGAUGUGCACUAUGGUCGUUGCUGCCGCCCAAGAGUAGUGGGUGUUUGAGUUUGUGUAUCUGUAAUGAAUACAAACCUGCUCUCCACCCCAGCAUUGAUAGGGUUAAUAAACCCUUUCUGUACUCACCUAUUUCUAGCGCCAAUCUCCCUCGGUGAUGGGACAAGCUCUGCUUUCUCCGACGUCACCCAACAGGGGGGCUAACGCACAUGCAAGCACAUUAGGCCCUUCCCAUAAGAAAGCAUUGGAGCAUCUAGCAUCAGGUGACCAAAAGUCGCCCAGCAAGCAGGAAGUGCCUCUAGUAGCCGUCUUAUUGACAGCCACUAAAGGCAGUUUUAGUACUGCAAUGUAAUUUUUGCAGAUUCUCUGGAACUGCAAUAAUUAACAUUGCCGGACUAAUGGGUACUUGGGAACUGCACCCAGACCACUUCAAUCAGCUGAAGAGGUCUUGGUGCCUUAAGUGUCCCUUUAAUAUUACCAUUUGGCUUUGCUACAAUAAAUAGCUUAGUGAUGAACCCUUCUUAUAGAAACACUCCACUCCAAAAAUGGGGGAUUGCUAUUUAGUAGAUACACGUCCAAUAAAAACGAAGUUAUUUUUGCUGCAUGUCGUCAUUGUGACUAAUGUACAUCUAAAAAGCUUUUUAUCUGCAAACUUUGCAAUCCCUCCUCUUCCUUCCCAAAAUACUUUUUGUGUCCCUCCAUGCAUGCACUACAACAGCAUGUAGAAGAAUUCAGGUCUGAUGUAAGGUCUGUGAGGAGAAACAGCGUGAGAAGACAAGCAAGCUAACAUAGAUCACCAAACACUUCAAUUUGCUCAGCGGAGCUAACAAAAGGAGGAAGCAAAACUCCAUAAUUUCAUUCUAAGUGUGCCAAUUCUCAUAGAAAGCUGCACUUUUAUAAACUGGAAUUAAACCAGUAUACUCUUCACCCAUAUAGCACUUCAGCAAGCUCAAGUGUCAUAGGUAUGGAGUGGAUCUUUAAAACGCAGAAAGUAAUAAGGAGGCUAAAGUCAAGCAACAUCGAGAAAUCCACCUUUUGGCCAUGCCAGUUAUAAAGUCACCAUUAUGGUUAAGAGGUACAGCAACACUCAAGGUAACAUGGAUUGCUGUAGCUUCAUUCAUAACACUUCAAUCAGGAAAGUCUAGCUGAGGGAAGUGGCAGUUAAAGUCCACAGCAUAUCCACGGUUUCCUACCAGUAACGAUUCUCAGUUUAGUGAAUAAACCUCAAACAACAUUUUUUUUUCUCAGAAGCCACUUUAGAGCUUUAAGUAUCACUUUUAAACUGUAUUCUUUAAAAACAACUGAAGUAUCAAAAAAAAAUUUAAAACUAACUAGAAAUAUAGUAUAUUAAACAACAAUGUUUAAAAAAAAAAAAAAAAACGAAUAUAUUAAAAUAGAGGAUUAUUCUCUAAAGCAGUGUUUCCCAAUUAGUGUUCCACAAUAACAAAAUUCGGGUUCCGUGGUGAUUUGCCCGACGGGUGGCUUAAGCAUUUAGGGCCACCCAAUGGGUAUGGCUAAACAGGUGUCCAGUCAGGCGCCGCAGUCAUCUAAAACCGCAACCAGACCCCUGUAGUAUUCAAUGCAGGGAGGAAGUAACAGCACAUCCUCCCAGACAGAACGCGCUGCCUGGAGGGGGAACAGCGGGGACUUCGCAGCACACCAACCUCAGCCAGCAGCACUGAAAAUCCUCCUGCAGAAAAAAGGUAAGUGAACAGCAAAUUUAAACAUAUGUGUGUAUGUGCCAGUUUAUGUAUCAAGUUGUGUGGGUCACUGCGUGUGUAUCUGUCAGUAUGUGUAUGUGUGCCACUAUGUGCCAGUGUGCAUGUGUAUCUGUGUGUCAGAUACAUACACACACAGAUACACUCACUUGCACAUACAAACACAGAUACACACACUUUGACACAAACAAACCUUGGCGCACACAUACAUACAGUGUAUCUGUGUACCAGUGUGUGUGUAUCUGUGUGUCAGAUACAUAUGCACACACAGCUACACACAUCUUGACACAUCACAUACAAACAGAUACAGACUGUGUCAAGUUGUGUGUGUGUGUGUGUAUCUGUGUGUCAGAUACACACACCCACACAUAUAAACACAGAUAUACACACGCACAGAUACACACUGUGUGUUAAGGUGUUAUGCAUCUGUGUGUCAGAGUAAUACACAAACACACAAACACACCUUGAUACACAGACAUAGAUACAAACACAGAUACACACACUGUAUGUCAAGUUGUGUGCAUGUGUGUCAGUAUGUGUAUCUGUGUUUGUAUGUGCUUGUAUCAAUGUGUGUAUAUCUGUUUGUCAGAUACAUACACACAGCUACACACUAACACAGAUACACACACACAAAAAAAGGUUUAUGCAACUGCGCAACUUUUUUUUAGGGGGGUCCAAGAUUUUGAUACACUAUGUCAAAGAGUUCCACAAAAUAAUGGAGAACCAAUGCUCUAAAGUGUAAACUGGUCAAAGUGCAAUGACUCUUCCAGCUAUGGAGCUUAUUCACUUAAUAGAAAACUAGUGAAAUUUACAUCCACAUUGCAAGAAUUGUCCCAAAACGGAGAGAGAAAAAAAAAACCCACUCUCAGCAUUUUAUAAUGACAGCUUAUGUUUAAAAAAAAAAAUAAAAAAAAAAAAUGCCAAAUCCCAUUUCAGUAACUAAGCCGACCAUAGAGAUAGUCACUGAGCCCUUUGCCGCCUUUAAAGAGUCCGCACCGUGUAAUUAGCCAGCUCUACCCCCUCCUGCUUGGCGGGUGAUCUGUCAGCCCCUUUACCCACCCGCCCUCCCCAUCUUACUAGCCAUGGCUACUCCCAGCACCGGGCAGCCCGGCUCCCGCCCGCCCAGCCGGCCCUGCUAGGUGUGAAAGGUGAAGGCGGGAACGGCAGCGGACCGCGCGCUAAAUCCUACCUCUCCGGACUGUCACCCGGGUUACGAGGGGGGAGGGAGCCCGGGCUGGGAAUCGGAACGCCCUCCCAUUGGUGGAGAAGUCUGUGCCGCCCGCUGAUUGGCUGCCUGCGUGUGUAACGUCUCAGGGCGCCAGAAUAGAAGCCGAAGCGGGCUUGGAACUUCUGUAAAGUGUGUGAACGUUCCAUUGGAACGCGGCGGCGGAGUGACUGAGUGGGAGAUCGCAACGUAUGCAAGGCUGGAAAAAGCCAUCCGUGAGCGGUAAGUCACACCAAGGACUGAUCUCCCAGUCUGUGCAGAUACUUGGCGGGUAAAUGAUCCCUAAAUACUGGGCACCACUUGUUGCUGAGUUCAGACACCCAUAGACAACUAUUUAACUUUUUAUUAUUUUUCCUAAUAUUUUCUAUUUUAUCACUUUUUUAAAUUCAUUGUUUUGCCUGUGUAGUAGAGACCUGGUUUUGUAUUGCUGCCCAGACCCCCCCCCUGUGUUGGUAUCCAGGGUCCUAGCCUGUUGCUGUAUUGGGAUCCUAUGCGGACGUGAUCAGGGAGGGCACCCAUGGGUGUCAGGUUACACUGUCCUAACUCCCAUUCCCGGGAUCUGUCUACUUCCUUAGCGCCAAAACUAACAGCCCCCAGCCCAUUUCAGCCCUGGCUACUAAAGGGUCCCAGCUAUAGUGACCAUUCAGCAUAUAUAGAGACCAGUCUGAGGAUCAGAUCCCGCUCAUUUUACUACCCCCCUACUGAAUAAUUAGCUUCUAAUUAAUACUAUGGGGAAACUAAAAACUUCUUAUUCAUUGAUAUCUUUUUAUUUUCAUUACUUUUAAACUUGUUUUUCUUUUUAAAUCUACAUUUUUUUUUAUUUUAUUUUUUUUUAGAGAUGGAAGUGAUGAAUUGUUUAACACUAAAUGAUUUGGUCAGCACAAAAAAAACUAAAGUGGAUGAUGUUAUAGAUGAUAGGAGUGCCCAGAAGGUAAGAUAAUAAUUUUAUUUUUGUAUAUGUGACUAUUAUUUUAUUUGUUUUUUCAUGGUUUUUAGAAGCUUUGGCUUACAUUUUCAUGCUACUUUUUUAUUUUUUUUUAUUUUAUAAUGUAUAAACAUCUUUAUUAUUCUCUAUUUACAGUUGUCUAUAUAUGUGAAGUUAAGAAAAUUUUAAUCCAAAUUGAAAAAAUGCAGGCUAAAAUAGAGAAGUUGUGGCUAUAGCUGAGUUGAUUUUAUUCGGAUCAGAUUUUUACAUUUGUGUGUGUUUGGGUUUUUUGUUUUUUUUCUGUUUAGUGACUAACACUGUGGUGCCUAACCAGAGCAAGCUUGGUUUGUGCAUUGGGAAUCCGUUACUGAUUGUGUGUGUGUGUUAAGACAUUGCAUGCUAUAAUCUAACAAAAAAGCUGCAUUUUGAGUGGUUUCCAAACUUUUCAUCAGUUUGUCUCCAUGUACAUUUUAAUGCAUUAACAUUGCUUGUGGAGUCUCUUUGCAUUGUUGUUGAGUUAUUUUUGGGGUUUUUUUGCCUGUAGUCAUUGUUAGUAAAUCAGUCUGUUUGUUUUUGUGACUUUGCAAGGAAAAAGAUUUUUACUCUUUUCAGUCUAUUCACUAAAGUGAGAAUUGCCAGGAAUUCAAAGCAAAUUUCUCCCCCCUCCCCUUUCUGUUUAAUAGGAGAAUGUGUUUGACAGAUAUAUAAGUCCAAGGGCACUUUUGAAGGCAGAGCCAAUUGAUCUAUCAAAACAAAAAUAUUUUAUCCCUGAACGGAGUCCUGUCACACCAGUAAAAAUAGUUGACAGACCUCAAGCUGAUCCAUGGACCCCGACGGCCAAUCUAAAGAUUCUGAUGAGUGCUGCAAGCCCAGAAAUCCGGGAUCGAGAAAAGAAAAAAGAACUGUUCCGUCCAAUCGAAAAUAAUGAACCGGAAGAUACCGCUCAAGAUUUCCAGGUAAAGUUAAUUUUCUUUCCUUUAUUGCACUUCAUGAAUAUAUUGGGUCCUCUUGUCUUUGGGUCUGUGUAAUAUGGAAGAUAUCUGUAUAUAGAUUUAUUUAUUUACGAUUCCCCAAUCUGGAAGAUUACAUUAGUAAAUGGAAUCACUGCUGGCAAUGUUGGACAGUAGUCCGUGCAAGUCAGGACAUGCCAAAUAGUUCAAUACAGACUGAUUGGACCUUCUAUGCUCGGUGUCCUAACACUGUGCUGUUUAGUUUUGUGCCAAUUAUGUAUUUGCCCCUUGAUCUACCACCUUUAGCUGCACAGUUUAAAAUAUUGUAAACUGCAAAUUAACUGGGUGUUUGUGGUUUUUUUUUGUAUGCAUAUCAAAGUGUUGAACUCCAGGUGGGUUUACUUAUUAGAGUAACUAAAUAAAACAAUAUUCAUGAGUUUCAUUUAUAAUGACUUUAACGGUUUUGCAAUUUUCAUUUUGGGUUUAUUUAUUUAUUUAUUUAUUUUUGUCCAUCCAUCCCCCCUUCCUCUAUUCUCUUCCCUAAAACUUUCUUUAAGUAUCUGCAUGGCUAAAUAACCUUUUUGUUUGCAGUUUGAAGUUGCUGAUGACCUUGAUGAGUUGGAAAAGAGGCCAAGCAGAAAGCAGAAAAGUUUGGGGCUACUGUGUCAGAAGUUUCUGUCUCGGUAUCCUAGCCAUCCCAUGGCAACAGAGAAGACAAACAUUUCUUUAGAUGAAGCUGCGUCAAGCCUUGGUAAGAAAAGAUCUUAGUACAUUGACAUGUUAACAAGUAUGUAUAACCUGGAAGGUAAACUUUCUUCAGGAAUAGCUUUUAAUCUCUAAAUCAUGGCUGUAACACUGACAUUUUUUUUUUCUGGUAAUCACCAGAACUGUCAGUUCGUGAGUUUUGUAUAUUCAGUCAAAUAAGUGGUUUUGGUAAUAAAGAAAGGUGGAGGAAAGCUUUUAUAUAAAUUUACAACCUACGUUAAAGGGAUAUUUACUCCAAGUCCGCUGUGCUGCUUAUGCUAAGAGUAGCCUUGGCUGGUUUCCCGGCAAUGGGACAAACCGUUUAGCAACGGUUUGACCUUUUACCUAGGGCCCCGCCGGCACUGAGAUUAAUUGCUACUUUCCUGAGGAUUAUCUACAGAAGCUGUUCCACUUGCAAUUGAUUGGCUGUGUUGGCUGACUGCUCUCAGCCAAUGAAUGAAUGGUACAAUGCUAAACAUUUGCACAGGUUUGGCUGUAACCAGAACACAAUGAAACGCUGCACAUGCAGAUUCCAGGCAACAUGGCCUUUGUAAAUCACUGAAGUGGCCAUGUACAGUAUGGAGUUGUCUAAUCCCCUAACUCUACAUUAUAAAUGAUGCUGAAUGUUUUCCGUGGACCGGAUUGUAUUACAAUGUUGCAAAACCUAUUUUGUUUUACUCUGUCAUUGUGUAGGUUUGUGUGUACAGCCUUUAGGAAAGUUUCACUGGAUACAUAGUUUGCGUUUUAUUUAUUUUCCCUCCUUUGUUCUUAAAAGGUGUCGAGCGCAGACGUAUUUAUGACAUUGUGAAUGUUUUGGAGUCCCUGCAUCUGGUGAGCCGGGUAGCAAAGAAUCAGUACUGCUGGAAUGGACAGAGCAAUCUGAAUGAGACACUAAAAAGACUGCAGAUAGACGGAGAGAAACAAAAAUAUGGAGUAUUGAUUAAUCAUUUUCAGCAUAAAGAUCAUGCUAUGGCAAAUAAGUGUGAGAAGCAGAAUAAAGAUUUAUCCGUGGACAGCCAGACUGUUGGUCUUCUAGAAUUGUCUGAAGCAGACUGCCCCUCCGGUAUGUAUUUUAUUUAUUUUUUUUGUAUUCUGAACACUAAAAAUAUAUACAUGUACGAAUACUUUUUGGCGUGUAGAAUGUAAUGUGUCUACCUCCUUUUACCUGUGAUGAAGAGUUUUGGCUGUGUUGACAGUUCUGUUUUGAAUGGACUUAGCUUAUCAUCCUGCAUCUUAAGCUGUGCUAUUGGAUUCCUUUUUCUAACCAAUAAAUCUUGAUACAUCAUUUUUUUUUUUUUUUCCCCCAAACUUAUUCCCUAAGCUGGGAAAUCUGCAUGAAAAGUAUAUAAUUUUAAGCCAAGAGGCUGUUGUGAAAUAUUUUUCCAACUUGGCCAUUUCAUUUUUUUAUUUCACUAUCUUAUAUUACCCUGAAAAAUGUUUAUGGUGUGUGUGGUUUUUCUUGCGUACCAGAUUAUGAGAAUUAUUCAUGGUUAUUGUGAAUUGUUUGUUUUGCUUUAAUGUUAUCUUUAUCAAUAAAGGUAAAUCCCCCAACUCUCUACAUUAUUUUCACAGCAUCUGCAAGCAGUCGCAAGGAUAAGUCGCUGCGUAUCAUGAGUAAGAAGUUUGUCAUGCUGUUUCUUGUAUCUACAUCCAAGAUAAUCACCCUUGAGAUGGCUGCUAAAAUCCUAAUUGAAGAGAGCCAGGACUCUACAGAUCACAGCAAAUUUAAAAGUAAAGAUUACUCUUCUUGAUGGGGGGGGGGAUGCUUCUUUGUAAAUUUGUUCCUGCAGGAUAAGCAAGCCUCUACACUACCUGCUAUGGGUUCCAAUGGCUUAUGACUCAAAUACAAAGUUGAAUACCAGAAAGUGAGAACAUUUAACUUUUUUUCUAUUAAAUAAAUGAAAGUAUAAAAUGGAUGCUGUAGAAUUGUUGAAGAUGUAAACCUUUACUGUAGCAGAACAAACUUGAUUAAAGGAACACUAUAGGGUCAAGAACACAAACCUGUAUUCCUGACCCUAAAGUGUUAAAACCACAAUUUAGCCCCCCUGGAUCCCUCAUGCCGCCAUAAAUAUAGCAAAAUCUUCUGGUAUUCAAGCCUGAAGCUGUAAAUGAGACUGACAAGGAGGCAGAUCAGCAAAACCAGCAUGAUUCAAACACAGCCCUGGCCAAUCAGCAUCUCCUCAUAGAGAUGAAUUGAAUCAAUGAAUCUCUGAGGAAAGUUCAGGGUCUGUAUGCAGAGGGAGGAGAUACUGAAUGUUUGGAUGCAUUUUAGGCAGCCAUGACCCAGGAAGGAACUCUAACAGCUAUCUGAGGAGUGGCCAGUGAAGUUAUCACUAGGCUGUAAUGUAAACACUGCAUUUUCUCUGAAAAGACAGUGUUUACAGCAAAAAGCAUGAAGGUAAUGAUUCUACUCACCAGAACAAAUUCAAUAAGCUGUAGUUCUGGUGCCUAUAGUGUCCCUUUAACUUUAUCUAGUAUAUGAAGAUGAAGUACUCUGGUCCUGUAUAGUCCCUUCUAGUAUACUUUUGUUCAUAAGUUAUGGCUUUUAACAGCAAGCACAGCUUUCAAUUUGUAUUGAUUCUUAAUUUGUUGGGGAGUUUCUUCUUCGUGACUUAACACUUAUCUUUUUCACACAGCAAAGGUACGACGACUGUAUGACAUUGCGAAUGUGCUGACCAGCUUACGACUUAUAAAGAAGGUUCAUGUAACUGAAGAAAGAGGGAGAAAACCGGCAUUUAAAUGGAUUGGACCUGUAGAUUUUGGGGCAGACAGCGGUAAGGCUUGCGGCUUAUUUACGAUAUUUGGGAAAAAAUAGCGCAUAUGUGCUAUUAAGGACAACAGAGAAAUGUGAGCAUAAUUUACUAGGCUCCUGUGUUUGUUUGGGAUUUUUUUUUUGUUUUGUUUACACAUUUGACCUAUAUAAAGAGAAACACGUAUUCAUACAAUACUUAUUCUUUUCAGAUGAAACCAUGGAAGUGACAUCAACUACUCCAUCUCCUGUCUCAGAGAGAGACUCUUGCAGCAUCCAUCCUUCCUUUAGCAAGGUUCCAUCCAAUAAUACUGUAAAGAGGAAAAUCUGCUCUGAACCAAUCAGUCUCCUUAAGACUCAGAAUGGUAAGUGAAUCAAUUUCUAGAACUUCUGGAGAGGAUGGGAGAAGAGGGAGGGUGGACAAAAUUACUAUUUGUAGCACAGCAAAUAGUUUAUUUAUUCCACAUCUCUCUCCAUUGGCAGUGUUGGUGGAUGAACAGUGAAUCAGACUCUAUUUCUGGCAGAUUAAUUUGCAAGAAAUCUGACUCUUACUGUUUUUACAUUUAUACUUCUGACUUUAAUUUUAACUGUUUUCUAGUUUGCAUUCAGAGCACCGAUACCUACUCAUCAAAGAUGGCACAUUUGGCAGCUAUAUGCAGACAAGAGAUUGAAGAUGAUACUAAGUAAGUAUAGAUUGCACAUUUUUAAAUAAAGUCUGACAAAUGUUGGGAUUAACUUCAUCUAGGACAGAUUUAAUGUAUCCAUCAAUGUGUCUAGACAAAUUUUGGAUCAUGUCAUGUAUUCUUCAGAAGGUGUGUUCAGUCAACUCAAAUUAUUUUAAAGAGUAUUAUUUACUGCCCAAGAGAAUGACUCUUCCUAAUCUAGUAUUUUAGGGUCUAAACUCAUAGUAUUAGACCUACAGUUUGUCUUGAUUUCAUGCAAAUUACCUUAAACGUGUUGCUGCUUACAUUUCUGUAUGGUAUUGGAGGAUACCACAAGAGAAAAGAACCUUGUGUGAGAGUUUUGUUUACUUUUCUUUUGCAUCUGUUCAUAAGCUUUGUUUUUGUGUUUCAGAACCAGUGCUUCAUUAACUAUGGAAAACGUAGGCCCUCUACCUUUCUGUGUCAUGCCUGUACCAGUGGACCCUGACUGUUUUAAGUCUGUGGCUCCGCAGGGGUCUUGUGCAUCGCUGAAGGGCAUAAAUGGACACAUCCCCAUUGUAGCCACAUCACAGUUUAACAGAGAGCCCGGCAAUCAAGGAUUUCUCCAGAACCAACCAUAUGUAUACCUCCCUUCCAAUUCUGUAUUCAUGUUAUGUGGGAAUUCACGACAGGAACUGAACAAUAAAUCUCCAAUAUCUGAACAAAAGUAUACAAAUGAAAAUCUUCACCAAUCGAAAAAACGGCGUACUGAUGUAGAUGAAUCUCCACUCUCCUUGGUUCUACCGAAGGUAGGUUAUAUUCUUGUUGUAAUACAAUUUGUGUGAUUAUUUAAUCCAAAAAGUCCUUAAUACUAUUUUUAUUGUAACUUUUUGGCCACUAUGUAGUAUGGUUACGUGCUGCUUGCUAUCCUCAUUAUGAUGAGAUGAUUUACAAGGCAUUGUAUAUAGACAUUUAAGUUGGGGGCAGGUGGGCUCUCUAACAGGAGAAAUGAUGUCUCCAUUUAAAUUCUUUUAUUUUUAUUUCCAGCAUAGGGAAAAAUCACCCGACAAUUUGGUUUUUGACACCUCUGUCCUUGAGAAGUCGCAAAGUCUUUUUGAAGAGAACAAAAAGAACAGAACAGCCAACACGCAAAAUAAUGUGGAACAUGUGACCGAAGCUAAAGAAACAAACGGUCUAAUGGACUCUAACCGUGUUCCCCAAGACACAUUCAGACCAUCCACAUUACAACAGUUCCUUUACAUACCAUCAGCUGGUGAGUAAUCUAGGAGAAACUCUCCCCACCCCAUUUCCCUCCACUGUAACUUUAAUAUUCUAAUUAUCUUUUGUCUUUCUUUUUAGGAGUAAAUGGUUUAGAGUUUCUUUUUCCUGCGAGUGGUGCCCCCAGAGAUUUGGUUAGUUCUCAAGGUAGCUUGGCAUCCCUCGGUGUUCCUUGUGUGAUGGUCCCAUCCACAGCACUACAAGCAUACCCUUUCUUCUGCUCCCAAAUGGCUUCCAACUCCUUACCUUCCAGUUCCAAUGGCCUUUCUUCAAGUCCUGGGUUCAUGAAUUAUAACAUUCCUCAUGGGACCUCACCCUGUCCGUUAAUAGGGAACACAACGUCUCUACCAGCUCACAAACCUGAGACUCCUUCAGAUCUUUCUCCAAAUGCCAGUCCUGUCCCAGUAAGCGGUUCUAGUUCAGUUGGCUCAGACUGUGUGCAGAAUGCUGUCCCUAAAUCGCAAAAGGUUAGUCUUUUCAUUACAAACCUUUUUACUGCUUUCUUGACCGUUGUUUGUCACUCUUUGAUUUGAACUAGAAAGUAGUCUAUAGUUUAGUUUAUUUGUAACCUGCCUUUAAAUUUUUAAAGGAAUUCUCAAAGCACCAGAACUGCUACAGAUCAUAUAAGUGGUUAGGGUGCCAGGAGCACCAAUCUCUUUAGAAUAGUUUGAUCACUUAUCUCGGUCCCCCAGGUUCCCAUAUCAUGUGUGGUCUUCUACUGUAGCAGAAGUCAAGUCUUCACCGAGAUAAGUAGGUCUCAUACAGGACCUUACUCAUUCGUGAAUAGCGCUCGCCUGACUCUCAGCGAGCGUAAAUGGCCUUGCUUAGCUCAUUGGAGUGAAAAGUAUUUUCCUGCAAUGAGAAUCUGGAAGCAGGACCCACGUAAGUUGUCAAACCUUUCUAAAAGAGUUUGACAAAUUACAUAUGUAGCACGCCAGCAAACUGUAGUUGUUCUGACGCUGGAGAGUUUCUUUAAGUUCCUAUUUUGUUAAAUCAGUGAGGCAUUUUACCAAGAAAAGUGACUCUAUAUGAGGGGCUCUCCAGGUCUUGUGGACUGCAUCUCCCAUAAUGCUGGCAAAGCAUCAAUGAAAAUGUACUCCAUAACAUCAGUAUGCUAAAGGUAGCUAAAAACUGCAUCCAGCCAGAACAUGGGGAGUUGGGCAUGUACUGUCAACAACUUAACUUUAAAGUUCUCUUGUCAAAGGUCUUAUUGUAUUUCCAUUCUUUCACAGUCACCAACUCCAUUAACUCCCAAGAGCAGUCACCUGAUUCACACGGAGACCUUCUUUAAAACUCCUGGCAGCUUACAGCCAUCAUCCUCUACAUGGAAAAGCAAACGCACCAAAACGAGAAGUUCCUUCAGUGCUCAAAGGAGAUUAGAGAUUGCUAGUGACUGAACAAGGACUCUCUGCACUUUAACUUGUCCUCUACACUUUCUUGUGCACGGUCUGACUUCACAGUACACAGGCUCUCUGCAUUUUACACAAGCCUAUUAACUUGGGCAAAUCCCAUUUCUUAUCUGCAACUGUCCCUGACCUAGCGAACUAUUUUAAUAUCUAUCUAUAUAAACCUCAUUAGCACUUGAUUUAACCAAUUGUUUUUGCAGCUGUCCAAUGUAUACACAUUAUUGCAUUCUGUGAUCUGUGGAUGACACCGCCAAUAGUGUAAUUCGCACUAAAUACUUCAUAAGCAACUGGACUUGGCAUUGCACGUGAAAAUUGCUAUAUUGUUCCAUGGCCAUAUGAAGUCUAAAACUGGCUAGCUACAUUCACAAGUUAAUGCAUUAAAUGUUUCUUUUUUGUAUUGGGAAAACCUAUACGGAUUACUUGAAUUGUUGCUAUUUUACCAUCUUCAGUACAAACUGUACUGAUAUUAUUUACAUUUAUUUUGCUAUUUAAAAUUAAAGACCAAAUUUAACUGUGAAAUCUACAGUUUGGGAAAACCUAGUAGCUUGAUAUUGCUUAGAAUUUCACCCCUACCCCCAAUGUUCUACGGAUUGAUUUGAUAAAAUGUGAUAAUUAUGUAAGUAAUAUUUACUUAAACUUAAUUAAUAUUUUAUUUUGUAUAGUAAGCCCAAUAGUAAAUAUUAUUUUUAAUGUUUGUGGGUUAUUUUUAUUUUUUUAUUUACUUUGUCCAUACCUGUAACACACAUCUUUGAUCUUUUUACGGUUACAAUGAAAAAGAAUAACUAACAUCUGCAGUUUUACACUUCACCCUGAGCAGCUUGUUGAAUGUCCAUUUUGAACUCUGUACAAUUACAUUGACUAUGAUCCAGAAACCUUAACACUAGCUUAGGUUAUUUACUUGCUCAAAGUUUGCAUAGGAUUUAAAGGUUCCAUAGGACUCCUAGUAAGGUAGAGCAUUGUAAGAAUUUAACCAAUUUUUAUGAAGUGGUCCUUUUUGGAGGAUACAUAAAUAUGAAAGAUUUAGUAAUGUGAUUGCUCCUCAUUUUACUGUAAUUUUUUUUUUCUUUUAUUGUAAUGCUAUUCCAGUUGAUACCAGUUGAUUAAAAAGGUGAUUAUUUGCACUGGCAAUUUCAGCACUAGGUCAGGUGGGUUUUAACCCCUCUGUUUCAGCUGGUAGGCUUCUUAAAUAUGUCUUCUCAAAGCUGUCUAUAUACUUGAAAUGUCUACCAGGUUUACAUUCUUCAUAUAUCCUCUUUAAACAAUAUGGUGCUAUUCUGUGUUUUUUGUUUUUAACCAAAGCUGCUUAGUGUAAUCAUAUUGCACUGCUAGUUUAUUGCAAUUUGUUGUACUGCUGCUCUUCUGUAGAUUUUUUUUUUUUCUGUGCUGAUUUUUUAAAGCUAUAUGUAUAGCUCUAAAUGUAUUUUCUCACAUAUGUACAGGGUAUGUAGCAUCACUUAUUAAAUGUAACUGCCCGUGACCAAUAAAUACAGUCAUGGAAAAGA